UCAAUAUGCCGCAGUCGAGUAUAAAAGUCAGCUCCAUUGUUUCGUUCAGUAUCAGUUACUUACACUGCAUUCCAAAGAAAAACAUUACAUUGGACAAAAUGAAAGUCUUCGCUUGCUUGGCUCUCUUCCUUGCUGCUGCUAGCGCUUCAGUAAUUUCUUAUGGAUUAGGCGACUCAUAUUCGUCAUAUGGUGAUCACGUAACGCGUGAAGUUGUGGCUCCCGUCAGGACCGUUCACCAUACUACACACAAUGUGGUUUCGCCCGUUACUCAUCAUCAUGUUAGCCAUGUUGACCAAGUCGCUCCAGUACAUCGUGUACAUCACGAAGUAACUCAUGUUCGUCCUGUUCACCAUGUUACCCAUGAACGCCAUGUGACCCACGAAGCUCCUAUCACUGUCACCCACGAAGUGGCCCAUGUUCCAGUUACACAGCUUGUUACACACGAUGUCGCCCAUGUCACUCAUGAUUAUGGCCGUUCAGAUUGGUCUGGUUCUGGUUUAUCAGGCCUGUCUGGAUUAUCUGGAUUAUCUGGUUUGUGGAAGAAGAAAUAG